CGAGGCGUUCAGCAGGUGUGUGAGCGUGACGACCCUCGAGUCUGAUUGCCGGGACGUUGUACGGACUGUCAAGCCACAAUCUGCCCUCCCGUGAAGAAUCCAUCCCAAGCUUCUGAAUAAGGAACCAACAUGUGGAGGACAUCCUGUGAGCGUAGGCUGUAAUGACUGGAGUCCUUACCAGAGAUAACAGCGCUGAAGGCUACGUGGGAUUCAUCAUGGUGCAGCAGCUGAAUUACGAGUCAAACAGAGACGUGGUGAUUCCAACGACUAAUCAACAAAAACGACCUGCUUUGUCAUGGGCAUUAAGAAAUGUUCCUGUUCCUCUGCUAUGCAAGUUCCGACCAAUUGUGGGCCAGUGCUGCCAACAAUGCACUCCAGACAGUCUAUCGCACCAUCGUAAGAAGUUUGGACAAAACCCCUCCCUUGGCUUCCACAACAUUCUCAAUAUCAAUGAGAUUCACACAAGAUACAGAGGCUGGUUGGUGCGAAGGCUUUGCUGCCUGCUGUUUGUUAGCGGCUGCAGGGUUGAUCCGAGUCCUGUUAACAGCAGGCAGGAGAGGGUCUGUCAGAGCAACAGGGUGAGGGAGGCUCUCACAGCAGACAGGAGAGCGCCUGAGGGGGGUGACAGCCAAGGGCAGCUCCAGCCCCUCUCAUCGUUCCCCUGCAUCAUUAAUACCUGCAUCUCCCCAAGCCUUUUGCGAUGUGUGGGCUGGCUGAUGAUAAAGAUGUUUUCCUCGGUGUUCGGCAGUAUUCAAGUGAACCUCAACCAUUUGACGGCUUUGCACAGAGCCACAGACGAGGGAUCACUGCUGGUCUACGUGUACGUGCGUCAGAGCAUCAUGGACAGCACUCUCCUUUCUCUGGCUCUCUUUUGUAACAACCUGAGAGUCCCGUACACAAUUUUUCCAGUCCGUAUCAACAACUCCUUCUUAAGAUGGAUCCUUCAGAAAAUUGGUGUGAUCCUCUUGCCACCAUCUGCAGCGACUGAGCAGGAUGCCGAGAUGGACAGAUUAUACUCGCCUAUCAUGACCUGUCUAGUGAGUGAGCUACUACACGAGGGCCAAGCGUUAAGUGUCGGUGUGUCGGCAGAGUCUGGUCAAGGUGGGCAGUGGCUGGCUCGCAUCAGGCAGCUCAUCAAAGAGGGAUCUGUCCCUGAUAUCACUGUGGUUCCUGUGGGCAUCUCCUAUGAGUAUGUGCCAGAGAUGCACAUGCAGGUUGGCUGGCUGUUGCGGUGGCUGUCGUCGCUUCUUUAUAGGAAACCAGAAGGAAUCGUUAGGAUUAAUUUUUCCCAGCCUUUCUCUCUCAAGGAGAUGUGCGAAUCAUGGAGGUUCCGAGUAGUUAAAUGGCGCCCUCUACAGGACCUGUUGCUGCCUGUUAUUUUUGACAACAGGACUGAGAGUGACUUUGGUCAGAGGAAGAUGUCCUGGCUCUUGCCUUCUCCCAAUGCACCUGGAUCCAAAGAGCCAACCAACCAGGACGAAGACUUCAGCAUCACCAUUAUUGUCCACCUCAUCUUCUCUGCAAUCUCCUGCAUGGCUGUGAUGUCCACCAGUCUGCUGUCCAGUCUAUUGUUGUUCAGACACCGCAAGGGUGUUAGCAUUUCCGUCUUGUGUCGUGACGUAGCCUGGCUCACAGAGGAGCUCUUGUUCAGGAACAAGGAUGUUGGAUUUACGGGCAGUUUAACAGACGUGGUCCACUACUCCCUCGCUCUGCUUGCUCCUCAUCUCAUCAUAGCCGCGGUGCCGUCAAGAAAAGACCCUUUAGUUGUGCCUCGUCCUACUCUCGCUGCUUCACUUCACCUCAACCAGCAGGCCCACAUCGUCACACAUACCUUUAUUUUGGAAGCUGUUGGCGCAUGCGCUGUGUCAGCUAUGCUGUAUGAGGUUGCCGGCAGUGGCGUCAGCAGCGAGGUGAGGUCUGACAGCAGAGAUGGAGAGGAGGUCAAAGGUGACUUGGAGUUUGAUGUGGUGCUCCUGCAGUCCGAGCUGACUGAAAGAGCCCUGCAGCUCUGCCAUCUCCUGCCUCCGGGCUUUAUACCACCAUGCCAGUCUUCUCAGAGUUUUGCUUUGGAUGCAAUUGACAGUCUGGUGCGAUGUGGCAUCUUGAUCAUGGAAGAAGUUCCAAAGGACAAUCCUAUCUGUGAUUUCUGGAAGAGAGAGGGCGCGCUGACCUGGACAACAAGUGACGACCCAUAUCAGAGCGAUUCUGAUUGCGAGGAGCCGGACUUCUGUUCCUACAAGGUAAGCCAGCCCAGCCGGUGCCCUGACAUGCUCUUCUUCCUGUGCCGCAUGCUAGCUGGACAUCUGAGGACACUCUACUGGACCACCUCAUUCCUGGACCACCUACACACACCUCUGCCAGAAGCUGUUUUUGUGACUCAGCUGAGCUCCCAUCUGUGUGACACAGCAAAUAAGAAGAAGGAGCACUAUGAGAGCUGCUCACAGGAGACGGCACUCGCUGCAGUUAGAACACUAAUAGACCUGGGGGUCCUCAUGGAGGAGCAGCGUGAAGAAGGAGUCUUCAUGGGAGUCACAUCCUUGUUCAAGUUACCAGCAAACAGGCAGAAAGUGCAGCGCUUCAUUUCCAAGUACCUGUACAAUUGAUAAACAGUAGGAGGUGGUGAUACUGCAGUCCUAAACUCAUUGACGUCAAAGACGGUUCUGCGUUAGAAAGGUUGCCCGCUGAGCCGCAAAGGCCUUUUGGGGUUAAUUGCAAUCUGAUUUUUCAGAUAUGAGACAUUGAUUUAAAGUUUGUUUUUUUUCUCUUUUGUAAUAUCAUUAGCAUAUAGCUGCGGGAGACAAAGAUUAUGAGGUUGCUGUAAUCAGCUGUGAGGGGAUGAUGAUGCAGAGUGAUUUCCCCAUGUUUACACUGAAUGGGGUGCUUUUUUUUGCAACAAGUUUGCUUAUAAUCUCUGUUUUUUCCGUUGUUUGAAGAUAAUAGAUGCACAUGCCAGUGAGGCCCACUUUUGCUUAUGUCAUGUCAUUGUUAAACUAAAUGCUACAUUUAGUAUUUUUGUUUAUAAAGACAAU